GCAGACUUUACCUUUUUUUUUACCUUAACGUCUAAAAAGGACACUUAAGCGUCUAAAAAAGACAAACUUACUUUAUUAUUGAAAAGUGAUGAAACACCUCUAAGAGCGUUUACUUUACUAGUAUUUGACAAACGACGUUGAGUUGAGUUUAUUUCCUUUUCUUAUGGAUGAUGUUGCGUUGGACAGGUCUUGUGGAGACUCAGGUUUUAUGGAGGAUUUUUCCGACAUGUUACUGUUGAAGCUGUUGAACACUUCGAUCACAGCGGCCGACGAUAAUGAAAAGGUGAAAUCAAAUGCUGUAAGAGCUUUGGGGAACUUUCUUCGCUACACUAGAACGUCAUCCCUAGACAAAGCUGGUUUUAUGGAAGCAGUGGAGAAAGCGGUUCAAGCACUGGUUAGGAACGUGGGCUCUGGUCUUAUGAAGGUUCGCUGGAACGCUUGUUAUGCGAUCGGCAACGUGUUCCGGAAUCCUUUCUUACCAACUGGUACAGCGCCUUGGACGACCGAAAUUUACAGCGGAUUGGAAAAUGUCAUUCGCGAUUGUAAGAACUUCAAGGUGCGCAUCAAUGCUGUCAUACCGUUAUCAGUUCCCCCAGAGAGGCGUUACUUUGGUGACGUGACUCUUUAUAGUCACGUGUACGCAACGUUGAUUGACGCAUUGAAAGGAACCGAGAACGUGACCGAGUUUUGUGAAUUCAAGUACAGGGAUACUCUGAGGCAGCAGCUUUGCAAUUCUUUGUGUCACAUGACGAGCUUGAUGACAGCGGAAGACGCUGUUUCUCUGGGCACUGUGUUGGAGGAAAACCACGAUACUUACAAAGAAUACAUCAGAAAUUAUGUUCGGCAACUUAGUGCUCAGGUGAAAAGAACUGAUUCCUUCCAUUUGCUUUAGCCCUCUUCCCCUUCCGGCCUUCAUCUC